AUGAAUGAGAUGUCAUUGGUUUACGGUGACUCUUGUCAAGGAAAAACCAUGGUGUACAAGUGGCACAAUUUAUUUAAACAAGGAAGGGAAUCCAUUGAGGACGACCCGAGGCUGGGCAGGAGUAUCGAGGUGACCACGCCAGAACUUAUCCAAAAAGUUGAAAAAAAUGUACUGGAAGAUGCUCGACUAAAGAAGAAACAACUCGCAGAAAUGGUUAGAGUAUCCGAUACAACCAUUUUUAAAAUUAUUCAUGAUCAUCUUGGCAUGACUAAGGUCAGUGCAAGAUGGGUACCGAGAAUGCUCACGCCGCCCGAAAAACAACAGCGCGUAGAGUGUUCACGUGCAUUUUUGAACCUCUGUAAUGAAGACAAGGAUGAUGUAUUGAGUCGAAUUUUUACUGGAGACGAAACUUGGGUUCAUCAUUAUGAACCUGAGUCGAAACAAGAUUCCAUGCAGUGGCAUAAAAAGGGCGCAGCAUCCCCUAAGAAGUUUAAGGUGUCACAGUCAGCUGGGAAAAUCAUUGCAACGGUCUUUUGCGACUCGGAAGGAUUAUUAUUAAUCGACUAUAAAGAUAAAGGUGUUUUUAUAACCGGGGAAUACUACGCUUCAAUAUUAAAGUGA